GCAUCGUAAUGGCACUAUUUCGUGUAUCACUACUGCGUGAUGCACGUUACAGACCCCUGGUAGCAGUCGUCCUGCACUGGCUAAAUUGCUCAUCCAAUGCGGAGACCCGUCACCUCAUUUCAGUGACCGGCCAACUUUACGCUGUCUAAAUACUAAAUAUGCACACACCUGAAUUAGUAUCUCCGACUUGAAAUCGUAGAAUUAAUAUUCCUAAAAAUCUGUGUAAUCUCAUUUAGUUGCUCAUGGAGGCGACUGUAAGUUCCCCGGUCAGCCCGCCAGUGGACUCCCAGGUACCUAUGAAGCUGGUUCAAGAGAUGUCGACAAGCGAUAAGUUCCCCUUGGAUUUGUCGGAGGCCCGCAGUGCUCUCAGUGCUCCAAACAAUCUGCUUCCCACAGACGUUUCCACAAACAUCGAGCAAGACACUUGCGGCAACAGUGAGGCAUGUUCCACUGGAGCAUGUGCAGAAGCUCGAGUCGAUCAACUCUCAGCACGACCUCAAACUGGCUCCACACAUCAAGGAGAAGCACCUGAAUUCAUUGUAUUUUGACAAGAUGGAUGUGGGAUCUGCUUAUACUUUCUUGAACCAUGCAGUUGGUGCCGCCAUUAAGUAUCUUGUACAAGAAGGAAUAAUAGGCGAGGAAACUUUAACAAGAGCCUGGUUCCUGGAGCUAGUUUUCAAAUGGUUUUCGCUGAUGACCUCGCGCACCAUAAAACUGGCAGUGAGUGAGCUCAAUCCUAAAAAGCACGAAGAAGCGGUCACUCUCCUCGAAAAAGUUGGGUACAUCUUUUCGAGGCUGUCGUUUUACAAAGCAAGGAUAGAGGGAGUGCUUCAAACCGUGUCAGGCUGGCAUGAUAGUCACAGCGAAGUCUGCCCUCAAGCUUCAACAGCUCUAAAUCUAAGAAAAGGAAUGAAAGUUUAUUUUCAUGAUUCGUACGACACAGGACGGUCGGGAAAAUCUCUUCAACUUAAUUCGCAAAAAAAAAAAAAAAGAAAAGAAACUGUCUCGAGCCCUGGACUUCAAAAUCUCCCUUCGACUAAUAACAUUCAGCCAGUUCGUUGUUCCAUGCAAGUCUGGAAGCUAUGAUGAAGACCCCACAGAACAU